AGUGCAGAAAGUCAUGUGAGCCGGGAAAAAUGGCUACACAAAUGAGUUCAUUUUUGAAGGAACUUCUGUUAUGAUCGCCACAAAUGGAUAUGUGUGAUCACUGUAGCCUAUAUAGCUAGCUAGGGAAAUAACAAGUCUUCAACAUUCAAUUGUGAAUGCCGUAACAUCAGCGAUCUUUCGGUUCGUGAGAGAAUCACCGUUUACGUUUACGGACACAUCAGGUUGUGGAGGAUAACGUUAGCCUACCGUUAUAUAUUUGAUUUUAGUGUAUGCUCACAGACAGGCAUACUGCUUGGAUAAACGGUUAAACAACUCAUCUGUGUUUUUGAAGACCGAUGACAAUCGCUUUUACCCGUGAAAAUCGAUUGACUGCUCGCGUGGGUAGUUGAUUGUGUGUAGCAUGUGAGACAGUCACAUUGGAGCCUACUUCGUGGUUACAUUGUUACAUUUAAUUGUUUGGUGUUUUUUUGUAUCCGUGGCAUAAGGCCACUCACUGAAAAUACUCAGUUCGUGCAGGUGUUUUUGUCAUUGGUAGCGUGAAUUGUAGUAAAGAACAUGAAUACAGAGAAGGACUUUUCGCCUUUGACCCCAAACAUAGUACGAGCUCUAAAUGAUAAAUUGUACGAGAAGAGGAAAGUUGCCGCACUAGAAAUUGAGAAACUUGUACGUGAAUUUGUGGCUCAAAAUAACUCCACCCAAAUCAGGCAUGUUAUUCAAAUCCUGGCAUCAGAGUUUGCCCUCUCCCAACACCCCCACAGUCGCAAAGGUGGGCUUAUUGGCUUGGCAGCUUGCUCAAUUGCUCUUGGCAAGGAUUCUGGCCUGUAUCUGAAAGAGCUUAUUGAACCUGUGCUUACCUGCUUCAAUGACUCUGAUAGCCGAUUACGAUACUAUGCUUGUGAGGCCCUAUACAAUAUCGUAAAGGUUGCCAGAGGAGCGGUGUUGCCUCAUUUCAAUGUGCUUUUUGACGGGCUUAGUAAGCUUGCAGCAGAUCCUGAUCCUAAUGUGAAAAGUGGCUCUGAGCUCCUUGAUAGACUGUUAAAGGACAUUGUCACAGAAAGUAAUAAAUUUGACCUGGUAGCAUUCGUCCCAUUGCUGCGUGAGCGGAUCUAUUCCAACAACCAAUAUGCUCGGCAGUUUAUCAUUUCCUGGAUUUUGGUGUUGGAAUCAGUCCCUGACAUCAACCUUAUCGACUACCUGCCAGAAAUCCUGGAUGGGCUCUUUCAGAUUUUGGGAGACAGUAGCAAGGAGAUUAGACGGACGUGUGAAGUGGUCUUAGGGGAGUUUCUCAAGGAGAUCAAAAAGACUCCAUCUAGUGUGAAGUUUGCCGAGAUGGCUAACAUUCUGGUCAUCCACUGCCAGGUGUCAGACGAGUCAAAGCUCACAAAUGACUUAAUCCAGCUGACAGCCAUGACGUGGAUGAGGGAGUUCAUUCAGUUGGCUGGUCGUGUGAUGCUUCCUUACUCCUCAGGAAUCCUGACCGCUGUGCUGCCUGGUCUCUCCUAUGAUGACCGCAAGAAAAGCACUAAAGAAGUGGCCAGUGCGUGUAAUCAUAGUCUAAUGAAACUGGUCACCCCUGAGGAUGAUGAGGAGGAAGAUGAAACACGGUCACAAACAUCCCCUCCCCAAGAGGACAGCCCGCCUAAGUCCCAAGAAGAUCUCAAUGACUCACUCAAUGCCUCUCAGGAGUCCAUCGGUCUUAGCAAAAUUAGCUUCUUCACCCCAGCAAGUUUAGACAGGGCACAGGUUACUCUGGAUCUUGAUGGAAUAGUUCAGGUUUUGGAUCGGCACCUGCAUGAUUCAUCCACUGGUAUGAUGACUCGGAUUGCUGUGCUCAAGUGGUUGUACCAUCUCUACAUAAAAACACCACGGAAGAUGUUCAGACACACGGAUAGUUUGUUCCCAAUGCUGUUGAAGACUCUUUCUGAUGAAUCUGAUGAGGUAAUACUGAAAGAUUUGGAAGUGCUUGCCGAGAUUGCAUCAUCACCGGCCGGACAGACGUACAACUCUGGGAUGUGUGACAAUUCUGACAAAACGGAACUCCAGGUUCCUGAGCACAGUAUUGGCCAGCAGCUGGUGGUUGGCUCCAAAAUGGCUGAUUCCUCUCCCUCCACCCCCAGCAUGAACUCCUACUUCUACAAAUUCAUGAUCAACUUGCUGAAGCGCUUCAGUCUGGAGAGGAAGUUGCUGGAGACCAGGGGGGCCUUCAUCAUCAGACAGCUCUGUCUGCUUCUGCACGCAGAGAACAUCUUUCACUCCAUGGCAGAUAUCUUGCUGAAGGAGGAGGACCUUAAGUUUGCCUCGACCAUGGUGCAGACACUCAACACCAUCUUGCUCACAUCAGCCGAGCUGUUCCAGCUGCGCAACCAGCUCAAGGACUUGCGCACUCAGGAGAGUUGCGCUCUCUUUUGCUGUCUGUACCGAUCCUGGUGUCACAAUCCCGUGGCAACGGUGUCCCUCUGCUUCCUGACACAGAAUUACCGUCAUGCCUAUGAGCUCAUCCAGAAGUUUGGGGACCUGGAGGUGACUGUAGAUUUCCUCAUGGAAGUGGACAAACUGGUGCAACUUAUUGAGAGUCCCAUCUUUACCUACUUGCGUUUGCAGCUUCUGGAUGUGGAAAACAACCCUUACCUAAUCAAAGCUCUGUAUGGGCUUCUGAUGCUGCUGCCUCAAAGCCAGGCCUUCCAGCUGCUGUCUCAUCGACUGCGCUGUGUACCCAACCCAGAACUCAUGAGGACCGUGGAUGAUUCAAAGUCUUGCAACAUCAAACGUUCCAAUCAGGCUCAUGUGGACUACACGGAGCUGCUCCAGCACUUUGACCGUGUCCAGAGCAAACACCUGGAGGUGCGACACCAGCGCACAGGACGAGCAGAGCACACCGAUAGGAAGCUAGCGCUCUGAGAGGCACUGUCGGGAGUGCAGCGUUUCAAGUAUUAAAUGAACAUUAACUGAUUUUGGACCUCUAGUGGGAACUUUUUAUCAUGUGUGAAUGUACUGUACUGUUGUUUUUCAAGUGCUUUAUGUUAAGAUAAGAUAAGUUUUUUUUGUUUGUGUGGAAUGUAUAUGCCAUCAUUUUCCUCUGCAGUCUUUGACCAGUGAUUGGAAUGUUUUCAAAUCAUUGUAUUGUAGUUAUUUCAAACCAGUGCUGGCACUAAAAGACUAGCCACAAGUGAGUCCUUCACUAGGAAGCUUUCAUCGUCAAGGUAGUAUGCAAGCAGUGUCAGAUUACACAGCUAAAUGCUUUCAGCAGCUUCAUAGUUUUGUUGGCAUUGCUUUUCUUAUAUCUCACAUCUCACAUAAAAGUACCAGCACUCUUUGAUUUCUGAUGCCAAGCAUCAACUCUGCAUUGUGAAUACCUUACUCUCGCCUCACUCUGGAUUCACCUUGGUAAAGAUGCAUCUAUAUUCAUGACUUCUACAUUCCUUACCUUCACAUCUUUUCACUAUAACAUAUGCUUCUCUGACCUGAUAUGAUCACCAAUCUAAUUGUAAACAGCAAAUGUAAGUGUUGUCUAAAUUAUCAUUAAAAAAUGAGGACCACAAUAAAUAAUAGUAAGCUCCAAAUAAACUUAAAUUUAAGAUGGCAUGAAUAAUCCCUAUAAUCCCCUCUUCCAUCUUGCUCUUUCAGGAAUUAUAUAAUUAAGCACUGACUGGGUGUUCCAUUUGGAGGGCCGGGGUAUAUAUUAUACUCUUGAUUUUAAAAUUUCCAGUGUCUAUUGUUAUUUUUUUUUUUAAACAAAUGUAUUCAGAACUUUUCUAAAUCAGAAAUAUUGAAUUUUAAGAUGUUCUAGGACUGUAGUUUACUAUAUGUACUGUACUGAUUUCAUAUGAUAUUGGCAACAUCUAAUGUUACAAUAAGCUUGCAGUGGUCAAUUGUAGUCCUUACCUAUUUUGUGUUAUAAUAUACAUUUGUAAGUGAUAAUGAGUAAAGCCGUCAAUCCUUACACCAGAAGACUUUAACAAGGUUUGGGAAAGAUUGUAGUCUUGAAAAAAGCUUGAAUGCUUGAAAGCUUGGCCAUUAGUUAAAAGACUCCAAUCUUUCAAGAAUCUUUCCCAAAUCAAAAUCUUCUGAUGCAUGGGUAGCAUAAGAGAGGUCUGCUCUCCAGUAUAAAGAGGUCAGUAGCAAAACAGAAAUUGAUUAGUGGUGUUGCCAAAGGUAACUUCUAUCAGUGCAGCAAUAUACUCAAGUUAAGAUAUACUUUCUGCUACUACUUAAUGGACUUUUCCUUGGUGUCAGCAGUGGAGACAACAGCCAUGGACCUUACUAUCACAAUAACACAACAUAACACUGCUUUUAGGCAAUGCUUCAACAUCGACAUCAAGAACAUACUGGUUUGACUGAGCAAAACUGUUCAUUAUUAUUCUAAACAGCCUGUGUUACUCCAUGACCAAGGGAACGAGGACCUUGGCCAACCAAUAUGGACCCACAGUUUCAGUUUAUUCAGCUUCAUCUACAGCUGUGGGGUUUGUUAAGAACUUUUUAAGUUCUGUUUCACCAGUUACCUAACAGCAUGUGGAUUCCUAUUAACUGAAUCGACUUUGAUGCUGCUGGUAAUCUCUUGAUAUAAAAACAUUUAAAAAUAAAAAGAUGUAUUUAUCAUGAUUUAUGUACAGUAUAACAUGAUAAUGUAUUGACUGGACAUGUUACUGACUAUUGGUGCUUGAGAAAAGAAUGAAGAUCAUGUUAUUGUCGGUGGCUACACACUUUUGAACAUUACUAACUGAAAUGAUGAGAGUGCCAUCUUUGGCCAUAUGAGAAUAAUCCCAAACCAUAAGACAUUUCUCCACACUGUAGUGAGUGGCCAUAUAAUAAACACUAAAAGAAGUUA